AUUCUUAUUAGUGUCUGCAAAGACAUUAUUAUUAAUAAUAAUUUUAUAUAUUUACUAAAGCAUAUAAAUCAGCCUGUGACGCAUAAAGAUUGCGAGAUAAAAAUGAUGGCGCACUUCAAUUAUAAACUGACAUGACAGUGAAUAUUGGUGAUCACUUGACGACAACAUACACGCAAAGAUACAACGCAAUGUUGAAUUAAUUUUACGACAAAAUUAUUUAAAUAAUUGAGCCUACAAAACUUACGAAGUGGUGAUUAAUUAGUAGCUUUUCACGUGGUGAUUUAUUAAAUUGGUGAUUAAUUUUUUUUUCGUUACAAUAUUAGAAUAUUCGGAAGUGCCUGUUCCGACUACACGGACUGUGAAUAUUGCGAGGAUCGGAGACGACGAUACAAGAAACCCGGCAGCACACAAAAAUAUUGGUCCCCGAGUAUAACGAGCCACAGCUACUGCAGCGCCAUGAGUCGCGCGGAGGCCGAGCCCCUGCUGCAGGGCGCCGUCACGCCCACUUAUAGAGCUGUCAGUUCCGAAAGCAUCGAUUCUUUGGGUCCAGGAGAUCUAUCGUCCAAUGAAGUACUCACAACGUUCCAAAACACAUUUGAGAACACUUUCAAGCCAGAGAGAGUCAAGAAACAAAGUUCACUAGUCACUAUAUUCUCAGUAUGGAACACAAUAAUGGGCUCGUCCUUACUGACGAUGGCGUGGGGCGUGGAGCGCGCAGGGCUGCCAGCCGCGCUGCUACUGCUGGCGUUCAUGGCAGCCCUGUGCCUCUACACAGCUUACGUGCUGCUCAGGGUCAAUAAAUACCAUGGCAGUGCAAGCUGCGAGGUGCCGGCGUUAUGCCGCGAGUUGUUGGGUCGGUGGGCGGAGGUGGUGGCGCACGUGUUCAGCGUGCUCGUGCUGCUGGGCGCCAACAUCGUCUACUGGAUACUCAUCACCAACUUCCUCUACUUCACCGUCAAUUAUUUUAUUGAUCUCUCCUCGUCCAACGUGACGCAGUACAACACCUCCCUGCUGUGUCCCCGUCACGCGAACCAGUCCCUCCUACUGGUAGAACCGGAGGAGGACUCCCCCUACUGGGGACUCCACACCACGGUGCCAAUCUACGUCGCAAUAUUAGUGUUCCCGCUACUCAACUUCAAAGACGUAUCAUUCUUCACCAAGUUUAAUUCUUUAGGCACACUAUCAGUAGCCUACCUGCUGAUCUUCGUGCUAGUGAAGGGCUUCGCGUGGGGCAUCAACAUCGGGUCCAUGAUGACGGAGACGCACGCGCUGCGCAACGCGGCCGUGCUCAGCGGGAUGCUGGCUUUGUCCUUCUACAUACAUAACAUCAUCAUCACUAUAAUGGGCAACAAUGCCAGGCAGGAGAAUAAUGGUAGAGACCUGACGAUAGCGUUUCUGCUGGUGACGAUCACGUACACGCUGGUGGGAGCCGUGUUCUACAUCUGCUUCCCGCUCGCCAAGUCCUGCAUCGAAGAUAAUUUGUUGAAUAACUUCGAGAUGCACGACGUGAUGACUGCACUGGCUAGAAUAUUACUGCUGUUUCAAGUAAUCACAGUAUACCCGCUGGUAGCGUUCAUGCUCCGCACGGAGGCGAUCCUGCUGCUGCCGUUCGAGAAGUCGCGGCUGCUGACCGUCGCCAUCAACCUGGCCAUCAUGGCGCUCUGCAUCCUCGUCGCCUGCUUCUGUCCCAGCAUUGGGACUAUUAUCAGAUACACAGGCGCAGUGAGCGGUCUAGUCCACAUCUUCGCGCUCCCCUCCCUCCUUCAGAUCCGGUCCCUGCAGCUGCGGGGCAAGCUGACCUGGUGGAAGACUGUCUUCUACUGCGCUAUCCUAGUCUUCGGAGCCGUCAACCUACUCAUGCAGUUCUUCAUCAACGAAUAAUAUUGACUCACGGAUCUCUGAAUUGAUCUUAAUUUUUUGACAGGAACUUUCAUACAAUAUGUAUGUGAAAAGUUCUGAAAUUAAUAAUGUUGUCCACUAAAGAGUGCAUAUAAAUUGCUUGACUGACUACAUGCAAACGUGCAAAAAUAGUCUCUAUUGACAAGGUUUAAAGUUCCAUAUCAAACUGUGGUGCUGAAUAAACUGCAAGUACCUAAUUUAUAGUAUCUAGAUAAAAAAAAUCCCAGUUAAACGAAUUAGGGAUUUGAAAUAAGUCGGGAGAUAAAUAUUUAUCUUACUAUAGUAAUUCAUACAAAGUAUUGUAAUUGACAGUCGAAAGAAAGUUGUUAAAAAAAUCCUCAAUUGUGAAUAAACUAUUUUUGACCACGUGAAUGAAAUUGACGAACCCGCAUUGAGCAAGUGCGGUGAUUAAUGCUCAAACCUUCUCCGUGUGAGAAGAGGCCUUUGGUCAGCAGUGGCCACUUUUAGGCUGAUGAUGUGAAUAAAGCACCUAGUAUCUAACAAAUAAAUCUCAGUGUUUAAAAUAUAAUUUGUAACGCAUAUUAAAGAUGUAUCGAGCUAAUUAUUAAUAGUAUAAGUAAGUAAAUAAUAGUAAAUAAUAAUUACAAUUAUGUAUACCAAAGUAAAACUAUCUAGUCAUAUGUUAUGUUAUGUUAUUAAAAUAAAUAAAACUUGUAACAUAGGUAAACAACAUUUUAUUUUUAAAUACAAAUGUAAUAAUUUAUAAUUAACAAUAAAAACUUUUUGAAUACAAUCUUCAAA